AUGGCGGUCAACGCCGAACUGAACGAGGAGUCGCUUUUUGCACAUAACUAUUUACGCGAGCGUCACGGUUGUCCACCCCUCGAGUACGAUGAGGAAUUGGCCAAGUCAUCGCAAGCCUUUGCAAACAAGUUGGCCAACUCCUCGAGACUGCACUACUACUACCCCACGGAGUAUGGAGAAAAUGUUGCCUAUCGAGUACGGAGUCGAGAUGCCAACUUAACAGGCAGGUUGUCAGUCUUUCACUUUGUUGCUCUUGUCAAUCACCUUAAAGUUGUGUCGAUUUGA